CCCGAUCUCGGCGAUAUCCCGGUGCCGGCGGAACACCGUAAAUUCCAAGGUUAUUAUAAAAUCGCUCGGCAUUACCGUUGGGCGUUGGGACAGGUUUUCCGCACCUUCCGUUACCGCGCCGCCAUCGUGGUGGAGGACGAUUUAGAAGUCGCUCCGGAUUUUUUCGAGUAUUUCCAAGCGACGUUCCCGCUCCUCCUCGCCGACCGCAGCCUGUGGUGCGUCUCCGCUUGGAACGACAACGGGAAAGAGCAAAUGGUGGACGUGGGAAAAGCCGAAUUGCUUUACCGGACUGAUUUUUUUCCCGGUCUCGGUUGGUUGCUUUUAGCCGAACUUUGGGACGAACUUGAACCCAAAUGGCCGCGAGCUUUUUGGGACGAUUGGAUGCGUCAACCCGAGCAGCGCCAAGACCGUUCCUGCGUCCGCCCCGAAGUCUCCCGUACGAUGACGUUCGGUCGUAAAGGAGUGAGCCACGGGCAAUUUUUCGAUCAAUAUUUAAAGUUUAUCAAACUUAACGACCGUUUCGUGCCUUUUACCCAGCUGGACCUUUCUUACCUCAAAAAGGAAGAGUACGAACGUUCUUUCCUCGCCGAGGUUUACGCCGCGCCGGAGGUGAGGGUGGAAGAGCUCCAGGGGAACCGGCGGAAGAGGCGGGCCCCCGCCCGCUUGCAGUACACCAGCCGCGAUUCUUUCAAAGCCUUCGCCAAAGCCCUGGGGCUGAUGGACGACCUCAAAUCCGGCGUCCCCCGCGCCGGUUAUCGCGGCAUCGUCAGCUUCGUCUACCGGGGACGUCGCGUUUAUCUCGCCCCUCCGUCGGACUGGACGGGUUACGAUCCCAGUUGGAGUUAG